AUGAAUAAGGCUAAUCUGUACGAGCAGGCGAACGGUGUGCAGCGGCGCGAUGCGAUGGAGAUUUUGAAAGAAUACGCACCCCUGCUCAGCUGUCGCCGGGGUGGCGAAGACGUUGCGCUGCUGGACAUCGGUUGCGGGAGUGGCGAUGUGUUGGUCGACUUCGUUCUACCCGUGCUCGGCCGGGGUACGACCGUUCCGGUGGGGCGCGCGCUGGGGACGGACAUCUCGGAGCAGAUGGUGCGUUACGCGCGCGAGUCGUACCGCCACCUGAAGACGGUCGAGUUCGAUACGCUCGAUAUUGGAGCGAAGCUGGAAGCGUCAACACUUGCACGGUGGGGUCAGUUUAGCCACGUAACUUCCUUCUACUGUCUGCACUGGGUACAGAACCAACACACGGCUUUCUCCAACAUUUACCAACUUUUGAAGACCGGCGGUGACUGCCUGUUGGUGUUUUUAGCCAACAAUCCCAUCUUCGACAUAUACAACCAACUGUCUCGUUCGCCCAAAUGGUCCAAGUACAUGUACGACGUGGAGAAGUACAUCUCACCGUACCAGUACUGCGAGAACCCGGCUAGUGAGAUCGAAGAUCUGCUGUGCACGGUGGGCUUCCAGCACUAUCAAAUUCAGGUUCGCGACAAGCUGUACGUGUACGAGGGGUUGGACAAUCUGAAGAGAGCCGUGUUGGCUGUAAAUCCCUUCAGCGAACGGAUGCCGGCCGAGCUGCAGGAUAAGUUCUUGCUCGAUUAUAUCGCUGUUGUGCGGGAGAUGUAUUUGGCGAAAGGUGCCACCGAGGAGAAUGAUGCAAAUCUACAAUUCAUUUCACCAUACAAAUUGGUGGUUGUGUAUGCGAAGAAGUAG